AUGGCGUUGGAGACGCGUCGUGAGAGGAACGAGGCGCGGAGAGAAGCAGCCCCACGGAGUUUUUCCCUCGGUCCGGUCCGCUUUUCUCCUCCGGGCGCGGAGAAGGGAAAAGCUCCGCCUUCGGACGACAUGGCUACCUAACAGGCGGGCGCCUCGCUUCGCCAAAGAGCGCGCGCAGGGGCCGGACGAGGGAGGCGCCUGGGCCGGGAAGGAAGGACCAGCCCCGGGGCAGAGGCGCGGCGAGGAAGAGGGCGAAGCGGGCGAGCGAAGGGCCUUGGCGGGUGAGGCUGCUGGGGGCGCCGGCGGGGUGGGCGAGAAGGGGCUGGGCGGUGGGGGUGUAGCGCUGGGCUUCCGAGCCCCCCGGCCAGGCUCUUUGAACAAUCAUUUGUUUAUUCGUUUUCAAUUACAAUCCAAUCCUAGCCUCAUUAGAACAACACCAGUUUUUUUAACGCAAUUAUUCACGCCAGUCGUUCAAAUGCCGGAUUAUAGAAUUUGGAUAAGGUGGGGGGGGGUCCCCCACGUGCUAGAAUUUUUAAAAAAUCUUGAUUGAAAGUUCCAAAAAGUACGCAAUUAUAUGUGCGCUAAACAUGGCGAGAUGUACAUAAAAGAGAAAGAGAACCCGUGCAGAAGGGAAAAUAAAGGGGGGGGGGGGAGCGGGGAAAACCCAAAACUGCAUAUUUUAUAAGGUGGUUUUUGUACUUCACCAGAUCUUAACCUAUUACAGUAUUUGUAAGAACGGAUUCCAAAUAUCAUUGAAUUUGUCCAUGGCAAGUCUGCGUUUAUGUGCAAAGUUGCUCAUAUGUUGCGAGUUUGUGUAAGUCUUCUAACCAAUCGUAAGGGAGUCGCAUUUUUAUUUUUCCAGUUCCUUGAAUGUCCCACUUUUCCUUACGAUGUCCCUAUUUUCACCAGAGAAGUGUUGGAGGCUAUGGAGUUAUCAAACCCCCCAGGCCAUCCUGUAUAGGGAAGUUUUUUUUUUUAAAUUUAUAAUUAAAUUUAAAAAUAAAAAGUUUUUGUUUUAAUAUAUGUUGUGCUGGGGCAACCCAGUAAGAUGUGUUGGGUAUAAAAGUACCAUUAUCCUUAUGGAAUGGAACUGUCCCUAUUUUCAUCAGAGAAAUGUCGAAGGGUAUGCAUCUUGUAAUUUCUUGUUAUUUUCAUUACUUAAUUUCUGAAAAUUAAGAUCCAUUCAUGUCUCCCAUCAAAAUCAUGUUAUAAUCCAAAUAGUCCAUCAAAGUCUCAUGCAACUUCUUUAAAAAAUCAGAUUUCCCUUCAUUUGGUGCGUAGAUUCCUACUAUCAAAAAUUUUUCUCCUUGUGUUUGGAUUUCAAUUGCCACAAAUCUUCCUUGGUCAUCUUUAAAAAUAAAUUUCGGUGAUAGUCUGUCCUUUGCAUAAAUCACAACCCCUCUUUUUUUAACUUUGUCCGAUGAAAUAAACUCCUGACCAAGUCUUUUAUUUAUCAACAAUUUCCUGUGUAAUCUUGUUAUAUGUGUUUCUUGUAGACAGAUCAAAUCCAAUUGUUCCUUUUUUAAUAAAUGAAACACUGAUUUCCUUUUCUGAGGGGAGUUCAAGCCAUGACAGUUCCAGGUUAGUAGUUGCAGGGCCAUGAUGUAAUUAUUUUAGUUCUCCUCCAACAGCACCUAGUGCCUGUUCCUGUUCCGUCGGUGGUAUCACGUUUUUCAGGCGGUCUUUAAGUUCCAGAGAUAGUCCUGGUAUGUCUAAAGUUUCUCUUGCUAUUGCUAUUGCUAUUGCUCUUAACUCUCCUGUGACUUUCUUUUGUAGGUCUUCUCCGUGGUCUCUCCAGAAUUUGUCUUUGUCGUCUUCCGAUCUUAUUUUCCUCUUCUUUCCUUUGUAGCUAAAAGAUAGGCCUUGAGGAAAUUCCCACCUAAAGUUAAUUCUAUUACUUCUCAACAAGGUGACCAGGUCUUUGUAGUUAGAUCUGAGAUCCAGAAGGUGUUUCGGAAUGUCCUUAAAUAUCUCCACUUUUGUCUGAUGUAUUUCCAGUGUCUUCUGGAAAUGCAAACCCAAGAUCUUGUCCCUCUCUUCUUUUGUUCGGAGAGUAAUCAGACAGUCUCUCACCUUCUUUCCUCCUCCUUUUCCAAGUCUAAAAGCAUUCACUAUUUUGAAACUGUCUUUUACCAAUUCUGGAUUCCAAAAUCUAAGAAUUCCUGUGUAAGAAAAUCAACUAAGUUGUCUUUCUCCACUUCAGGUACUGCUCUGACCCUUAAGUUCACUUGUUUCUCCUUCAACUCAAUCAUAGACAGAGUUAACUUAUGGUCUUCAAGUUGUUUAUGUAGCGGUGGUAUCUUCUCUUGAACCUCUGCAACAGAAGCUGUAGCAAUUUCUUUAGCCUCUUCGGCAAUCUGACGUGUUGAGGCCGAUUCCUCUAAUAGUUUCUGGAUAGUCUCUGUAUUAGUAUUUACUUUCUGUCCCAAAUUAUUUAAACUUACUGUAUUUUGAUUAAUACUUGUUGUAUUUUGAUCAAUCUUGUCUGAUGCCUCUGCUACUUGUUUGCUUAUUCUAUCCAAAGAUUCAUUAAUUUUAGCCAAAACCUGAGCAAAGGCGUCAUCACUUGCCAUACCUUUAGUUUUAGGUUGUGCCGAUGGGGCUGCUAUUGGAACCCCAGAGGGGCCAGAGGUCGAAGCUCUUCUUUGCAGUCCACCGUCUGUUCGCAAUACUCUGCCCGACCUUGUUGCUUGUAACGACUCUAGUUUCUCUUUCCCAUCUGCCAUACCCCUCUAGAUAAAACUCAAGGUCAGUCACACGGUUAAAUUCAAAAUUGUUUUGAAGUGGAAAGUUCCAAGAAGACAGUGUGGGAAAUUCCUCAGGCCAGCUGCAAUUGUAACUAGUUGUAACAAGUUCCAAAUUCCACUAGGGGGACACUGUAACAGUCAUAAAGUUCUUAAAUACUUUACUUCUUCCUUAAGUCCCCAAUGGGGGAUACAUUUUUCAUUGGCUGUAACUGUCUCUUCUGAUUUCCUUUGGUAGGCGGGCCAUUGCUGAGGGGUCCAAAACACACGCCUUGCAUGCAGAUGUUACUAGAUUUAACACCUUUCAUUUCCAGUUAAAAAUGGAUCUCAUACAAUGGAGCUGGGAAGGGAAAUCAUGGAAUGCUGCUGUCAAUAAAAGUAGACCGUACUAAACUGGAUGGACCAAUAGUCUCUAAGACAGCUUAUCAUGCCAAUAUGGUAAAAAUUAGACGUUUAUGAGGUUGCUUUUGAAAUGCAUGUUGCAUUCUUCUUAUAACUGUCUUUUCGUUUUAGGAAACUCACAUUUUACUGGGAGUCAUAUUUGCUGGCAACAUUAUCAGGAGCUAUGACUUCUGCCCCAGGUGAUGAUAAAGUUCAGGCCUCUUCGGUAGGACAAAAGAAGCAGGUUUGUUCUUUCUGUUUGGAAUUAUUAUUAUUAUUAUUAUUUUACAUUCUAGCAGAGGCAAAUCUGAUGUAGUCUUGAUUAUCACGUGGAAACAGAAGGGGCUGUGCACUUCAACCUUUCCCUUUUCUAGUGCAAAAAGUACUCCACAUAAUGCAGGUCUAAGGAUAAGGAGGAGGCAGGAUAGCUUUGCCUCUCAUGGAAAGUCGAAGAUCCCACAAACCCUGGGGAGAUUAAAUAGGAUUCAGCUUAAUUUUAUGCUGCUAGCAGUUAAAGAACCGUAGAUAAUGAUGCUCAUAUCUUACCUUGCACGUAUUUUUGGCUCAAAGUAAAUAGAUGGAAACAUAAUCUGCACCUGCUAGGGGAAAGGGGAAGAUGGAAUUAUGUAGCAUCUGAACAAAAAGGGACUUUAAAAAGAAACCCUUUAAAGCAGGGGUGACGCUGGGAGUCUGUGGGUUUCCUGAUGUUGUUGAACUGUCAGCCCCAGCUAGCACUGUCAGUGCUAAAGGAUGAUCAUAGAAUUGUAGAGUUGGAAAUCCCAGGGGUCAUCUAGUCCAGCUCCCUGCAGUGAGGGAAUCUGAACUGAAGCAUAGAUGACAGGUGGCCAUCCAACCUCUGCUUAGAAACCUCCAAGAAAGGACACCUGAAGGACCACACAUUUCCCCUCCAUUAUUAGCACCAUUCAUUACUGCUGCAUUUUAAACUUCAUAGCACCUGUGAUUUGCAAAUUAAUCACAAACAAGUACAUUAUAGUCAGAGUGCACCAUCAAGUUUUAAAGCUUGAUCAUUUCAUUUUGACAUUGCAUGCUUGAUAGGAUUGCUAACGACAAUGGUAGGAUAUUUCUAACAUUUUUGUGCUAUCUGGAAAAGCGAAAUGUUUUCCUCUCUGUCUAUUUUUUUUGUUGAAUUUUUAAAAAAAUGGAAGCCAAAGAUAAUGAAAUAAACGGCAGACGAUAGAUGCUUUAUACUCUUAAGGAGUGAGAGGAGGGUAAACCAUAUUUUUCUUAUAAAAGUGUUCAUGUUUUUAUUUUAAGAGCCAGCUCCCUUGUCCAAUCUCAAAUCUUAAUUCUGAUGAAUUUGUAAAGAUUCGUCGUCAAUGUAAAGAGGAAAGCUUCUGGUACAGAGGUAGGUCUAUUUGUUUUUAA